AUGUCGGGCCGAGGGAAAUCCGGCGGCAAAGCCCGAGCCAAGGCCAAGUCCCGCUCCUCCCGGGCCGGACUCCAGUUCCCCGUAGGCCGCGUCCACCGGCUCCUCCGGAAGGGUAACUACGCGGAGCGGGUGGGGGCCGGGGCCCCGGUGUACCUGAUCCUGGAACUGGCCGGUAAUGCCGCCCGGGACAACAAGAAGACCCGGAUCAUCCCCCGACACCUCCAGCUGGCCAUCCGCAACGACGAGGAGCUCAACAAGCUGCUGGGAGGGGUGACCAUCGCCCAGGGAGGGGUCCUGCCCAACAUCCAGGCCGUGCUGCUGCCCAAGAAGACCCAGAGCUCCAAAAAAUGA